AUGCUCCGAAGUUUCCGGAGCCAUAAAUCCAUGAGGUCCGGCCACUCGUUCAGCAAGGUUGAGCACGCCAGAUACCCAAGCGAUGCUUCAUCCAUGGAUUCCCGCUCCUCUACCACCAGCAGCAACGGGAGGAUGGCCUUCGAUCCCCUGAGAUGCCAUCCUCCCGACCUAACCGUCACUCAUCGGCCAUCUCUGAACAUCAGUGAGGAUGGACCACGCCGGCCCUCGCGCAGUCUGCCCGAGCCACAUCACGCUCAGCAUCACUACACGACGACGCCACGUGUACAUCACCACUCUCACCAGCCUACCACGCCAACAACGGUCAUUUACGACGGCUUCGACUUUGGCUUUCACCCCAACAAGUCAGCACCAGGAACAUCAGCUCCAGCACAUGGUUCAGCAAGCGUGGCAUCGCCUUCUUCUCCCACUCCGAGCACCGACAGCUUCAGCAGCAGCUUCAGCAGCGACUCGAUGGAAUCGAACUAUUGUGUCGGCCUAACGGUGGCACCAAAGCCUCGUCAGGGUCCCCAAAAGGAGGUCUCGGCAGCCAUGGCACGCCCACGAGGUCUGGAUGCCGCUGACGAUUUCAUCAAGAGAGGCGGUUGGAAGAGGAGAGGCGUCAUCUUUGAGUUGGACGCGCCAAUGGCUGAUGAGGAAGAGUGCUUUGAUCUUGAUAUGGAUUGA